AUGGGCACUAUUCAGCUUAGUCGUCUUCAGGAUUACUGGAAAACAGGCAGGUUAUUUACCAUACCAAUUUUCGCUGAACAAAUGGGUCGGAAUAGAUUUCUACUGAUUAUGAGAUGUCUCCAUUUCACGUCUGAAGCAGAUAAUGGCGACCCAGUGCUAAAAGUUCGCAGUGUCGUCGACUAUUUCAAUACGAAAAUGAACGAAUGUUAUUACCCCGCGAAAGAAUUAUCUUUAGAUGAGAGCAUGAUAUUAUGGAGAGGUCGACUAAAGUUCCGCCAAUUUAUAAAAAAUAAACGUCACAAAUAUGGGAUCAAAUUAUAUAUGCUCACUGAACCUGACGGUUUGGUUUUGAAAUUCCGUGUGUACGCAGGCGGUCUUGACCACGAAGUUUCGGGUAAAGGUCACGCCGAGAAAGUAGUGAUGCAGCUCAUGAAUGAAAAGCUUCAUAAUGGCCAUGCACUAUACAUGGAUAAUUUCUAUAACAGUUUGGGUUUAGCGAAAAAACUUCUCGAUAAUAAUACGUACUGCACUGGAACAUUACGCAUUAAUCUGAAACAAAAUCCUCAAGAGGUCGUUCAAAAGAAUCUGAAGAAAGGAGAAAACAUUUCUAGGUACUGCCAAGGAGUUCACAUAGGAAAAUGGAAGGAUAAACGACCUGUUACCUACAUUACUACAGAGUUUGAAGAUAAAAUGCUUCCAAUAACUAAUAAACGUGGACAAGUCGCUCAAAAACCCGAGGCAAUAGCAAAAUAUAAUGAUUAUAUGUCUGGAGUCGACCGGCAAGAUCAGUUGUUAGCAUUUUAUCCUUGUGAAAGGAAAACUUUGCGGUGGUACCUAAAGGUUGCUAUUCACACAUUCCAGCUGCUACUGAUAAAUUCAUUCAAAAUAUAUAAUAAGUACUCAGGUCAACCUAAAAUGACCUUAUAUGAUUACCGCUUAUCAGUGAUAAGCGCAUUGCUACCAGAUAAACAUUUCAAAACAAAUCCAGGACCUGUAAAAAGACAAGUUCCUAUGCCGCACAAAGUCAGUAAGAUUACGGAAAGAAAUGCAAAAGGAAAAUUGAAACGUAAGCAGUGCCGCCAAUGCACAAAAGGAAAAAAACGUACAGACACUAUUUGGCAUUGCAUUACUUGCAUCGAAAAACCUGGAUUAUGUGUCGAAUGUUUUGAAGUAUAUCAUUCUUCAAUUUGA